AUGGCCGCUGAGAAUUCCCAAUUCUCCCAAGAUGGAGGCUCGCCCACCCCGAAAGCCUUCCUACAAGAGCCUCUCGCUGUCGUGGGCAUGGCCUGCCGCCUUCCAGGCCACUCAACGACCCCAAAGAAACUCUGGAAAUUCCUCGAACGCGGCGGGAUUGCCGUUAACGAUACCCCCUCAACACGCUUCAACCUCUCUGCACACCAUGACGGUUCAAAGAAGCCUAAGACCAUGCGUACGCCUGGCGGCAUGUUCAUUGAGGAUGCCGACCCGCGGGACUUUGAUGCCGGGUUCUUCGGUAUCUCGGGGGCGGACGCAGCAGCCAUGGACCCGCAGCAACGGCAGCUGAUGGAAGUUGUAUACGAAUGCCUGGAAAACUCAGGUACAACACUUGAGAAGCUGGAUGGAGCGCGGGUUGCGUGUCACGUAGGCUCAUACGCCGUGGAUUAUGAUGCCAUCCAGGCCCGCGAUCCAGAGGAUAGGGCACCAGGAGCGGUUGUUGGUAUCGGGCGUGCAAUGCUCAGUAACCGCAUAAGUCACUUUUUCAACUUCAAGGGUCCUAGCAUGACUAUAGACACUGCUUGCUCUGGGAGUCUGGUUGGUCUAGAUGUGGCGUGCCGGUAUCUUCAUACCGGGGAGGUGGAUGGGGCUAUUGUUGGCGGAGCAAACAUGUACUUCAGCCCAGAGCACAAUCUCAAUACUGGUGCUAUGAGUGUCGCAAAUUCCCUUUCUGGUCGUUGCCACACCUUCGACGUGAAGGCCGACGGCUAUUGUAAGGCAGAAGCAAUCAAUUGCGUCUACCUGAAACGACUCAGCGACGCAGUCCGUGAUGGCGACCCUAUUCGCGCAGUCAUCCGAGGAAGCGCUACCAACAGUGACGGUAACACACCCGGUAUUGCAAGCCCCAACUCUGCUGCUCAAGCUGCUGCCAUUCGAUCUGCCUAUGCCAACGCGGGCAUAACGAAUCUGAAUGACACCUCUUACAUUGAGUUCCACGGCACAGGAACACAGGCUGGAGACCCUCUUGAGGCAAGUGGUGUAGCUUCAGUCUUCAGCCCAUCUAGGACACAGGAGUCGCCUCUGUACAUUGGCUCAGUCAAAAGCAACAUCGGCCACUCAGAACCGGCCGCUGGUAUUAGUGGGCUGAUCAAAGCUAUCUUGAGCAUUGAGCAAGACCUCAUUCCUGGAAACCCGACCUUCAUCACUCCCACCCCAAAGAUCGAUUUCGACGGCCUCAAGUUACAACCCAGUCGGGCCAACCGCCCCUGGCCUGUCGCUCCAUUCAAGCGCGCAAGCGUGAAUUCCUUUGGAUAUGGCGGGUCUAAUGCGCAUGUGAUUGUGGAAGAGCUCAAGGUUCUGCUGCCUGAUAUUGGAACCACAUAUGUCUCCUCGUACCAAGGCGAAGACGAUAUGUUUGCCGAUGACGACGAGGCCCCUGCAAGCCAACCUCAGCUCCUCGUGCUAUCUGCAAAUGACGAAGCAUCCCUUCGUGCAGGUGCGACAGCACUGAAGAACCACCUGACCAACCCGAACGUGAAAGUGUCAUUGGAAGAUCUUUCGCACACGCUGUCAGAACGUCGGUCCCACCAUUUCAACCGUGGCUACUUGAUCACCGACACAGUUUCCAUCAAUGAAACGGAGCUUGUGGUUGGUAAAAAGUCCACUAGGGAGCCACGGGUAGGUUUCAUCUUCACUGGGCAGGGAGCCCAGUGGCCUCAAAUGGGCGAAGCCUUGAUUAGGACAUUCCCCGAAGCCCGGGAUAUCGUUGUCGAGCUUGACAAGUGCCUCCAGAGCAGCUCACGUGCUCCAUCGUGGUCUCUCCUGAGCGAACUCACUGAACCGCGCGAGGCGGAGCAUCUCCGCAAGCCGGAGUUCUCUCAGCCUCUAGUCACUGCCCUCCAGAUCGUCUUGGUUGACAUUCUCAAGAGAUGGGGGGUAUCGCCAAAUGCAGUGGUCGGUCACUCCUCUGGUGAAAUUGCUGCAGCCUACGCAGCUGGUCUGCUUUCCAAGGAAGCAGCAAUCAGAGCAGCAUAUUACCGUGGCCAGGCUCCUGAGUUGGCUGAAGAGGUUCUAGAGGACCAGGAUGCCAAGCCCGAGCAGUCCUCGCAAGCAUUUGGCAUGAUGGCGACAGGCGUGGGUGCUGAAGAGAUCACCACCUACCUCCAGGGCUUGGGACAGACUGUUCAGAUUGCCUGUUACAACAGCCCAAGCAGCCUGACACUCUCGGGUACUGUGGAGGGACUCACUAAGGCGCAGAAGCGACUGACCGAGGAUAGCAAAUUCGCCCGUAUGCUACAAGUAAAUCUGGCCUACCAUUCGACCUUCAUGGAUGAAAUCAGCCAUGGCUAUACAGAUUUGCUCUCUAAAGACUUCGAGCAUCUUCCCUUCAAGGAGGGCGCUGUACGGAUGUUUUCAUCUGUGACUGGAAAGCAGUUGGCUGGCCCGACCGACGCCGAAUACUGGAAAUCCAAUAUGAUCUGCCCUGUCCGUUUCGACGCCGCCCUUACAAACAUGUUGACGGCUAGCGAUGCUCCGGACUUCCUCAUCGAGCUUGGUCCUGCUGGUGCUCUGAAGGGCCCAACCUCGCAAAUCUUGAAGAACCUGCAAGGCAUCAAGGCACAGUACACCAGUGCCAUCGCUCGUGGUGCAGCGGACAUGCGGUCAAUCUACGAAGUCGCUGGGUCUCUUUACGUCGCCGGGGGGAAGGUCGACCUGAGCCAGGUCAACAAAGUCGAGGGCGCUACCCCAAAGAUGGUUGUUGAUCUACCCAAUUAUUCGUGGAAUCACUCAACGAAGUACUGGUAUGAGAGCGAAGCAUCAAAGGAUUGGCGCAACAGACUCUUUUCACCGCACGAUCUGCUUGGCAGCAAAGUUCUCGGCAGCCCAUGGCAAUCGCCAGCGUUCAUGAGGUCAUUGAACGUGCAGGACCUGCCAUGGAUAGCCGAUCAUAAGAUGGGUCCGGACAUCGUCUUCCCUGCCACUGGUUACAUCUCUAUGGCGAUCGAGGCGAUUUACCAGAGAUCCGAAGCCCUGCAUAUCCUUGAAGGCGAAAAGAGAGUUGAGAAACCUCGUUAUCGGUUGCGCAAUGUUCAAUUCAAGAAAGCACUGGUGUUGCCAGACAAUCAGUCAACCCGGAUGUCCCUGACAUUGACAGCCCACACUGGCGUUGGCAAUUGGUUCGAGUUCAAGAUAUCAUCCCUUGCUGGCUCCGGGUGGACUGAACACGUUCGUGGCUUGAUUCGAAUCGAUGAGGACGUGCCUCAAGUGGCAGUUCCCGAAGACACUAAGCCCCUCCAGCAUCCUGUCAACGCGAACCUAUGGCACAAGGCGAUGCUCGAUGCCGGAUAUAGUUUCGGUCCAAAGUUCCUCAAGCAGCUUGAGAUUGAAUCACGUCCAGGGUCACGCAACAGCAGAUCAAUCUUGGGACUAGAGGUUCCUGAGUCCAAAUAUCCCCAGUCGAAGUACCCCAUGCACCCUGCGGCCAUGGACGGGUGCUUUCAGACUUGCGCGCCAUCUCUUUGGAACGGAAAUCGUCAUGCCGUCAACGCUGUUCUCGUCCCUGCGAUGAUUGAUAGUCUGGUGAUUACCUCCAGCACGGCUGAUCGUGGUCUCUCGCUCACAUCCGCGGCCUACGUCGGACUUGGUCGUCCGACAGACAACAAGAACUACAUGUCAGAUGCGAGGGUGUAUGAUCCUGAGACUGGCACACUGCUAUUGCACCUGUCUGGCCUCCGCUAUACUCGGAUUGAUACUGGCGCAAGCGUUUACGAUGCCCAUACUUUCAGUGCCCUGGUUUCCAAGCCUGAUGUGACUUUGCUCACUACACAGAGCCUGCGAAGACUGGCUGAGAGAGAACAAGAUGCCCAAGACGCUAGCGUUGCCGUAGCGGGUGAUAUAAUCAAGCUCGCGGCACACAAGAAGCCCAGUCAGCGUGUUCUCGAACUCAAUUUCGCUCGCGGUGUCAGCCAAAGCGUAUGGGCCAGCUCUAUUGAGGGCCAAGACAUCAUUGGCAAAACUUACCGCCAGUUCGUCUAUCGCCUAACAGACCCGAAGGCGCUCGUUGAAGCCGCUCAGAAAUACACAUCCGAGAAGAUGGAGGUCUCUCUGUUGGACUCUGACAACAUCACUUCAGACGGAGAUGAAUUUGAUCUUGUCGUCAUCCGUCUCUCGCCAGCGGCUGUGAACGUGGAGCAAGUGGUAACCCAGCUCAAGCAGGUUCUCAAGGAGGGCGCUCAGGUACUUUUCCUUCGCCAACAGGCUGUGCAGAACAGUGAGGAAAUUGUCAAUGGAGAAGCCGAAAAAUUCGACAAUGGCUCGUAUGCCGACCUAAUCGAAUCUACUGGCUUGACAUUCGCCGGUCAUGUGGCAUUUGACGAUGACAAGGAAUUCGCGGGUCUCAUUCUUGCCAGAGUACAGGGUGAAGUUGACUGUACAAGCAAAGACCUUUCGAUUUACCAGUUUGGGAAGCCGAGCAAGUCAGCAGUUGAGGUGAUUGACGCACUGAAGGAACACGGAUGGAAUGUCACCACUUACGAUGCCGAGGACGACACCGCCAACGAGGCAAAGCGCGUGCUUGUACUUGACGAGCUUGACACGGCGUUGCUCCCAACCUUAUCAUCCGAGCAUUGGGAAUCAUUGAAGAGUUUGCUUGCGUUGAAUAAACGUGUUCUCUGGGUGACAAAAGGGUCGCAGGGCGCCAUCACUAGCCCCGACAAGGCCAUGAUUCAUGGCUUGGGUCGUACCGUCCGUGCAGAGGAUCCACUAGUUCAAUUCACAACGUUGGAUGUCUCAGGAACUUCGAUAGAGGCUACUGUGGAUUCUGUGGAGAGCAUUCUUGAGCAGUUGGGCCGACCCGAAAUAUUCCACCAUGUUGAGAGCGAAUUCAUUGAGCGCGACGGUCUGAUUCACAUCAACCGCAUCCAGCCAGACGAUGAAGUCAAUGCUGUCGCAACUGAGACUUUCCAGGGCUCUGAGCCGAUCACACAAUCUCUGCACGAUUCCCCCAAUAUGAUCCGCUUGCGAUGCGAGCGUGUUGGAACGACCGAUUCCCUCAUGUAUGCCGAGGUCGCCCCUUACGAACUGCCUCUGGAUGACAACAAGGUCGAGGUUGAGGUAUACGCUGCCGGUUUGAACUACAAGGAUGUUGUCAUCACCAUGGGGAUCGUGCCCGAGAACGAACAUGUUCUAGGAUUGGAGGGCGCUGGUAUUGUUCGCCGCCUCGGAAAGAAUGUGCACCACGUUCGCAACCUUGAGAUCGGGCAACGGGUACUCGUGUUCAAGAAAGGCUCCUUCAGCAAUCGUGUUCACGCUGAGGCCGAACGUGUGUAUCCGAUUCCAGAUUCCAUGACGUUUGAGGAGACUUGUACUUUGGCAUCGUCUUACUUGACUGGCAUCCACUCUCUCUUUAAUCUUGCAAACACCAAGAAAGGGUCCAAGGUCCUGAUUCACUCAGCAUCUGGUGGCUUGGGUCUGGCUUGUAUUCAGCUUUGCCAGUAUAUAGGUGCAGAAGUCUUUGCCACAUGUGGCAAUCAGAACAAGCGCGACUUUUUGAUCAACCAUGCAGGUGUCCCGGAUGAUCACAUCUUCAACUCUCGCGAUGCCUCGUUCGCAGCGGGGAUCAUGAAAGCUACAAAUGGGUAUGGCGUUGACACUAUCUUGAAUUCACUGACAGGCGACCUUCUCGACGAAUCCUGGCGCUGCAUCGCUGCUGAAGGAACCAUGGUCGAGCUCGGUAAGAGAGACAUGCUCGACCGCAAGGGCCUUUGCAUGGAGCCAUUCGGUCGCAAUGCCUCCUACCGAUGCUUCGAUAUGGGUCACGAUAUUGUGUCCGAUGCCAUGAUCAACGACUUGCUCAAGAGGCUCUUCGUCCUCCUCGAAGCUGGCCAUGUGAAGCCUGUUCAUGUGGCGACAACAUUCGGUUGGGACAACAUGUCGGGCGCGAUGCGUUAUAUGCGUUCCGCAAACCAUAUCGGAAAGAUUGUCAUCACGAGCGGAGACGAGCCAGUAAACGUUCCCGUACGCCCAAGCAGGCUGCCGCUUGAACUCCGGGCUGAGGUUGGUUAUCUAUUGAUUGGUGGACUGAAAGGUCUUUGCGGAAGCGUUGCUGUCAAACUAGCUACUCUCGGUGCAAAGCAUAUUGUCGUCAUGGCCAGAAGCGGAUACAGCGACGAAGUGUCUCAGCGCGUGAUCGCCGACCUCGCAGCGCUGGGCUGUGAUGUUACUCUUGGUCAAGGAGACGUGUCCAAGGCUGAAGAUGUUCGCCGGAUUAUCAAAGAGUCUCCAGUAUCCAUUGGCGGUGUGAUUCAGGGAGCCAUGGUACUUCGCGAUCGCGUCUUCACGGACAUGAGUAUUGAAGAGUACCACACCGCUGUGGAUUGCAAGGUUGCCGGCACGUGGAACAUCCACAACACCCUCAUUGAGGAAGGCAUGACGGUCGAUUUCUUCACUAUGCUCUCAUCAGUGUCGGGCGUCGUGGGUCAAAAGGGCCAAGCAAACUAUGCCGCUGCUAACGCAUUCUUGGACGCAUUCGCCAUCUAUCGCCGCAGCCUCGGUCUCGCCGGCAACUCCGUCGACCUAGGCGCCAUUCAAGACGUCGGCUACAUGAGCCACCACGUCGACCUGCUCAAUAAUCUGAGCUCCGAUGCGUGGACACCAAUCAAUGAAGCCUUGAUGUUGAAGAUUGUGAAUUUCUCCCUCAAGCAGCAAAUGACGCCUAUCAGUGAGGCCAGUGCUGGUCAGCUGGUUACCUCGAUUGCUGUACCUCAGCGCGAGAAUUCCAGCCUCUUGCGCGAUGCCCGGUUCAGCACUCUGAAUUUCAGUGGCGGCGAUGAUGCGGGCGCCAGCAAUGAUGGCAAGGACGCUGGUCUGCAGGCAUUGCACAUUCUGGUGAAAAACAAGGCAGCCGUUGGCGCAAUCCAUGAUGCUGUCAUCGAUGUCACCGUGCGUCAGUUCACCACGAUGCUAAGCUUGAGUGAGCCAAUGGAGCCGGCCAAGGCCCCUUCGAGCUACGGAUUGGAUUCUCUUGCUGCAGUCGAAUUUAGGAAUUGGGUGCGAUUAGAGCUCAAGGCGGAAGUGACGACUCUGGACAUUAUUUCAGCCACGAGCCUCGAGCAGCUGGCCCAGAAGAUUGUUGGCCGUUUGACGGCUGCAUAG